AUGGGCGUGGUCAAGAAGGCUUGCAGGUGGCUGAGAGCAGGAGAGUCAUGGGUCCACAGCUCUGCAGGUCUGUGGUUCAGUUCUGCUCCUCAUUCGAGGUUCUUCCCUCCAGUCGAAGGUGUCAUGCUCCCCGCAGGAAGCUUCAGCAACAAAGUGGCCUUCAUCACAGGAGGCGGAACCGGGCUGGGCCGGGCCAUGACCACUGUUCUGUCUCAACUGGGAGCCCAUUGCAUCAUCGCCAGCAGAAAGUUGGAUGUUCUGCAGCAAACAGCGGAGGAGAUCACCAGCCAGACUGGAAACAAGGUCCAAGCGAUCCAGUGUGAUGUCCGAGAUCCUCAGGCUGUGUCUCGCUGUGUGGACCACAUGGUGUCUCUGACGGGACUUCCUGAUGUGAUCAUCAACAAUGCAGCGGGGAACUUCGUCUGUCCGACAGAACGCCUAUCUCCAAAUGGCUGGAAGAGCGUCACUGACAUUGUCUUGAAUGGGACGGCAUUUGUCACGCUGGAGCUCGGAAAGAGACUGAUCCAGAACCAGAAAGGAGCCUCCUUCCUGGCCAUCACUACCAUUUAUGCCGAGUCUGGUUCUGGUUUCGUGGUCCCAAGUGCAUCAGCGAAGGCUGGAGUUGAAGCACUUUAUAAGUCUCUGGCUGCAGAGUGGGGUCGCUAUGGUCACAGGUUCAACAUCAUCCAGCCUGGACCAAUCAGAACAAAGGGAGCCUUCAGCCGUUUGGACCCAACUGGAACCUUUGAGAAAACCAUGAUUGAUCGCAUGCCAACGGGUCGUCUUGGAAAGCCAGCAGAACUGGCAAACUUAGCAGCUUACCUGAGCAGCGACUAUGCCACCUGGAUGUCUGGAGCUGUGGUCCGGUUUGAUGGAGGAGAGUUUGUGUUGAUGGCAGGAGAAUUUAACGACCUGCGCAGGGUGACUCCAGAUCAGUGGAAGAUGAUGGAGGUGAUGAUUAAAAGCACUAAAGGUUCCUAAUAACACUGUCAGACUGACCACAGCAGCCAGUCACCUUGCUGUGUGAAGAGGCCCUGCCCCCUUCUGAUGUGUAACAAUGAGACCGCUCAUUUGUCCACUUUCAAUUAACAGAUGAUUGACUGAGUCAGACUGUCAUGUGACUGUUUGCAAAUGCUCAGUGUGAGCAAAGACUUUUCAUAAUAAAAGAGUGAAUUUUAA